AGCAUCGAAAUCGAAUCGAUCCAUCUGCACAAGGAAGGAAGCAUCGAAUCGAACGACAAAUCGAAUCAAUCCAUCGGCGGCGGCGGCGACUCGGCUCUCGCUUCCACGCAUCCAUCCCCGCGCCCCCCUCCUCUCCGGCGACUCCCCGGAAUCGCGGCGCGGCGGCGCGGCCGCCCUAGCGUCGGCGACGGCUAGGUCUUCCUCCCCGACCCCUUCGUGAGGUGAGGAAUUCCUAUAUAGGACUACAAUUUAAGGGAGAAGCUUUCAGGCUUCUAGCAAGUAAUAACUACUGAUCUCCAAUGGCACAACCUUCUUCUAAGAAGACGCCGUCAGUCUAUCUUUACAUCCCUAAUAUCAUUGGAUAUUUUAGGAUCAUCAUAAACUUCAUUGCUUUUGCCGUAUGUUAUUCCAAUAGGGUGCUCUUUGCUAUCCUAUACUUCUUCAGCUUUUUCUGCGAUGGCUUGGAUGGUUGGUUUGCACGAAAGUUUAACCAAGCAUCAACAUUUGGAGCUGUGCUGGACAUGGUAACAGAUAGGGUUAGCACUGCCUGUUUGUUGGCACUUCUCUCCCAGUUUUACAGACCUGGCUUAGUUUUCUUGAUGUUGCUUGGGUUGGAUAUUACAAGCCAUUGGUUUCAAAUGUACAGUUCGUUCCUAUCAGGUAAGACUAGCCACAAGGAUGUAAAAGACACAGGCAAUUGGCUUCUGAAGUUAUAUUAUGGACACCGACCAUUCAUGGCCUUCUGUUGUGUUGCUUCGGAGGUUCUGUACAUAGUUCUUUUUCUGUUCGCCGAUGAGAAGUCAACAAGCUUGCUUAAUGUGUGCGGAAACCUUCUGAAGCAAAGUCCUCUCACUGUCUUUGUUUUCAUUUCAACUCUAGUUGGUUGGGCGUUGAAACAAGUGAUCAAUGUUAUCCAGAUGAAAUCAGCCGCAGACGCGUGCGUUGUGUUUGAUUUGAAGCGCGGCAAGUGAGCAGAAAUGCACAACGAUUUCGUUUAGCUUGUGUUUGGCAUGUCGAAGAAAAUAUUCCAUGAGGCUUGAUGUACCAAGGCUGUACAAACCUAAUGUAAGAUUUUGACAUGUCCUUGACACUGAGGGAGGGCAUGCUGUGCAUUAACAGCAUGAAAAGAAAAGGAGAGAGAUCAGAUGUAUUUGAGGAAAACAGGGUUUUAGUCAGAUUUUGUAUGUUUCUUUUUACAACAGCGAUGAAUCAGCGCGAUCUUUGUUUCUUUAUGAGCUUGAUGUUUGUUGACAGUAUUUUUAGCUGGUUAUUUGUGAAUACCAUUCUCACCUCUGGAAAUUUGGAGGGCAUGAAUCCCAUCGUUUAGCAUUUCACUCCGUUGUAAUUUGUUUACACUAAUAUUACUCCAUGGAAUGUAUUCAAGUAUCUCC